AUGUUGGUGUGGGAAAACAAUCCUGCAGCUGAUAUCAAGAUCGGAGACAAAUCCGUUCCGCCGAUCGUUGUGCUUGCAAACGAUAAUCACACUUUCAAGUGGGUUGAUGAGGCUCACUUAAACGAGAUUGAAAUACUAAAGGAUAAAAUUGCAAGGAUGGAGGAAAAGCUAGAAGAGGCUACAAAUGAGGGGAAGGAGUGUGAUAUAAUCGAGAUAGUGGAGAAGGCGUAUCGAGAAUCAUCAUCUAACAUGAAAAAAAUGGUGAUUGCUGUAGGCGUAGGAUGCGUGUUCAUUGUUGGACUUUCUCGGAUGGGGUUUACUGUGUUUCGCAGGCUGAAAACCUAA